ACCCCACACCCACACCACACCUCACCACUCUCCGCCCCUUCUCUUCUCUUCUUCGCUUCUCCAAUUCCAAUUUUUUUUCCUUUCUUAACCGAUGGGCAAAACACCAAACCCCAAUCCCCAUUUCCCAUCGCCAUAAAUCAAAUCCCAUUUUUACACUCCUCCAUUUCUGCUCCCUUCCUUUCCUUUUCAUUGCUUGCCGUCUAAUCUUCCUCCAAACCCACCUUUUCUUCUCCCUCUUUCUAUUUCUAUGGAUUUCGAUGCGUUCUCGGUUUUGAUGCUUUGAAUUUUCCCUGUGGACCGUCGUUGAUUCAAUUUCACCUCAUUUUGCCUGCAGAUUGGAGUGUGGAGUGGAGAUUGGGGUUGAGAUGGCUGGUCAGGAGCGGGUGCCGGCUGCUAUCGCGGCGGGGAUGGUCGGAGCGCCGCCGCCGACAUCUCUCGCUCCGGGAUUCAGGUUCCACCCGACGGACGAGGAAUUGGUGAGGUACUAUCUGAGGAGGAAAGCCUGUGGGAAGCCUUUUAGGUUUCAAGCUGUUACUGAGAUCGACGUCUACAAAUCUGAGCCCUGGGAACUUGCCGACUUUUCGUCGCUGAAGAGUCGAGAUCUUGAAUGGUACUUCUUCAGCCCUGUGGAUAGGAAGUACGGCAACGGUUCACGGCUCAAUCGUGCCACCGGAAAAGGGUAUUGGAAAGCGACGGGGAAGGACCGGCCCGUGCGCCAUAAGAACGCCACUAUUGGGAUGAAAAAAACCCUUGUUUUUCACAGCGGACGAGCUCCCGAUGGCAAGAGAACGAAUUGGGUAAUGCAUGAGUACCGCCUUUGCGAUUCGGAAUUGGAGAGUGCUGGAGUUACACAGGGCGGAAAAAAGGAUGCUUUUGUGCUCUGUAGAAUCUUCCAAAAGAGUGGCCUCGGGCCACCGAAUGGGGACCGAUACGCCCCUUUUGUUGAGGAGGAAUGGGAUGAAGAUGCGUCCGUUGUGGUUCCCGGGGGAGAUGCCGAAGAUGACGGAGCUGUUGGCGUUGAGACAAGAGUUGAAUGCAAUGAUCUUGAUCAGGACACUCCGCCCCUCUCCAUAGCCCCGCCGGGGGUCGAAAGUCCGAUCGGGUCUCAGAGUCUUCCUUUUAUGUGCAAGAGGGAGAGAUCCGAAGACAUCCCCGACCUGCUGUCAUUAGCUCAGACCAAAAGAUCGAAGAAUGACGACCCCAGCUCCAGCCAUGCUAAUGGAUCUGAAGAUUCCACCACUACCAGCCUGGAUCCCGCGACAAUGAUGACGACGAAAAAUUGUUCCUCCACCCUGUUGGAAUUUCCUUUACUGCAACCUCCGGAGCCGAAAGAGAACCAUCAUGUCACUUCACUCACUUCUUUCGACUCGUCCAACCUGGAGAAGUCUGUCCCUCCCGGGUACCUGAAAUUCAUCAACAAUCUCGAGAACGAGAUCCUGAACGUUUCCAUGGAGCGGGAGACGCUGAAGAUUGAGGUGAUGAGAGCCCAGGCGAUGAUCAACAUUCUUCAAUCUCGUAUCGAAUUCUUGACCAAGGACAAUGGGGAUUCGCGAAGGCGCCUUUAAGACAGGGAAGACGAGCAUUGUGGUGCUUCUUCGAGGGAGAGCUAUGCGCCGGGCUCUCUUUUGGAUGUACUGUGGUAUGUGAUUGUUCGCCGUAGCUAAGUUUAGCUUAGUUUAGUCGGGACUUAUGGCGAAUCUGUCGACUAUGCACUUUUUUCCCCCCUUUGAAUAAAGGAGACGCAUUCGAUAUGGGUUGCGAUUCAACUUAUUACAUUCUUGUCUCGUACAUUUGCUCGAUGUGGAUCGAGAAAUUGCUUUACUUGGUAAGAAGAUCAGGUUACUUAGUUGCA